UCGAAGAAUAUCUUUAUUAAUGAUGUCAUACAUUCUAAAAUAAGAUGUUUUUGCAUUUGUUUUUUAUCUUAUAGAGGAAGGAAUCUGAUGUACCACUGAGUGCAAACCUCCCACCUAAUGGCAUCCCGCCAGUGCCCACCUGCUCUGUUCAACUCCAUGAAUCCUCCGGUGAACAGCUAUGUAGAACAUUGUUACCUGAGGCCUUCCAACGUGAUAACAGAAGGGAUGAAUGAAGUACCCUACUGCCACCAAAACAACCUCAUGGCCAGUCAUCAUAGCUUUGGAAUGGUACAAACCAAUGAGCACAUGACCGGAGGAGAUGGGUCUCGCUUUUCCACCCCUCGAAGUUCUGUAAAACUGAGUAAAAAGAGGGCAAUGUCCAUCUCACCACUGUCAGAUGCCAGCAUCGAUUUGCAAACCAUGAUCCGGACAUCCCCCAAUUCCUUGGUGGCUUUUAUCAACUCCCGCUGUUCUUCAGCCACGGGUUCUUAUGGUCAUUUGUCUAUAGGGACCAUCAGUCCUUCUUUUGGAUACCAAAAUUGCCUUAACCACCAGAGGCCACAAGGUUCAUCUUAUGCAAGUAACCCUUUAAUGUCUUAUAAUUCUCACGAGCCAAUGUCCUGCAGAGGGGUGGGUGUGCUUCCCUCCCGAAACUCUAUCAAGCAUUGCCAGCUGAAGUCCGAGCCUCUGUCAAGCACUAGCCUUGAUCCCUUAAGCAGCAAACGACUUGAAGAUGGAUCUGAAGGUGACAUAUCUAGCCCGGCGUCUGCUGGGACACAGGAUCCAUUAUUGGGUUUACUGGAUGGACGCGAUGACUUAGAAAAAGAAGAUGGAAAACAUGAACCUGAAACUGUGUAUGAAACUAAUUGUCAUUGGGAAAGCUGCACAAAAGAGUUUGAUACUCAAGAACACCUUGUUCAUCAUAUUAAUAACGAACAUAUCCAUGGGGAAAAAAAGGAGUUUGUAUGUCACUGGAAGGACUGCUCACGGGAGCUGAGACCCUUCAAAGCUCAGUACAUGCUUGUGGUUCAUAUGAGGAGACACACAGGGGAGAAACCCCAUAAGUGCACAUUUGAGGGAUGUAACAAAGCCUACUCUCGGCUAGAGAACCUGAAGACACAUUUAAGGUCCCACACAGGAGAGAAACCAUAUGUCUGCGAGCAUGAAGGCUGCAACAAGGCUUUUUCCAAUGCCUCAGACAGAGCCAAGCACCAGAACCGUACUCACUCUAAUGAGAAACCUUAUGUGUGUAAGAUUCCUGGUUGCACUAAGCGGUACACAGAUCCCAGCUCUCUCAGGAAGCAUGUAAAAACAGUUCAUGGUCCAGAAGCUCAUAUCACCAAGAAGCACCGUGGAGAUGGUAUGCCCAGAAGUCAUGUCACACACGAGGGAGCCAGUACUCAAGGAAUUAAAGGUGAAAUUCAGCAAGACUUGGAAGCCAUUUCUUCUCGAGAAGCCCGGAAGGAUGAUGGGAGGCUUACUGUACCUGAAUUAACCCUGAAGUCCCAGCCAAGUCCUGGUGGACAGUCUUCCUGUAGCAGUGAAAGGUCUCCAAUGGGCAGUACCAACAACAAUGACAGUGGAGUGGAAAUGAAUGCCACCACAGGAGGAAGCUUUGAGGAUCUCACCAACCUGGAGGACAUACCUUCAGUAGAGUCUAUUGGUACUGCAGGGGCUUCUACUUUAAAGAAACUUGAAAAUCUCAGGAUUGACAAACUGAACCAGCUUCGCAAAGCUCCUUCUUCUGGAAGGACAGUCAAACUACCUUCCAUUCAUGGCACAGGUCAUCAAAGUGAUUUGGCAAGUGUCUGUGGCACACUCGGAGGGAGUCAUUCUCACCAAGCUAUGGAUCUGUCGGCCAGUGAUCAUAUCAACCAGUUGAAUGACAGGAGAAACAGCACUACCAGCACAAUGAGCUCAGCCUAUACAGUGAGCCGGAGAUCUUCAGUUGUAUCACCCUAUCUUUCCAACCAGAGGCCUGGUGAUGGUGGGAGUAUGGUGGAUACAUAUGACCAAAGUCCUUCAGAAAUGUCAAGGCAUUCUGGAGAAGUUGUUCGUGCUACUGGGCUCCCAGGCCUUACUCCAGCACAACAGUAUAGGUUAAAGGCAAGAUACGCUGCAGCAACUGGUGGACCACCACCUACACCACUUCCUAACAUGGAAAGAAUGACUGCAAACAAUAGGAUGGCAUUUAUUGGCAGUGAUUACCGUGGGCUUUCGGCAUCUUCUGUGUUAGCAAAUAACACUCAAAGAAGGCAUAGUAACAAUGAAUAUCACAGCUACGGCACAGGCAUAAUUCACCCAGCUCAGGCACCAGGUGCCGGCAUAAGACGAGCUAGUGAUCCUGCAAGAACUGGCGGAGACUCUCAGGCAGUACCUAAAGUGCAGCGUUAUAAAAGUAUGACAAAUAUGAAUGUAUCCAUGUUAGGUAGACAGGCAGGUGGGCUGCAGCAAGGGUAUGGCGGGUCUGAUGCCAACUUACAAAGGCAUAUUUUUUACCCCCGCCCCCCAAGCAUCAGUGAGAAUGUAUACAUGGAGACAACUGGCCAAGAUGGAGUCCUUCAAAAUAAAGAGCACAAUAUGAUGGUUGGUAAUGAGUAUAUGAACUAUCAAGGACAGGGAUCUCAACUGGGUACGCCCAAUGACCAGCUGAAUUUCAACCACCCAUUUCAAGGUGUAGAUGUACAAAAUCAAAAUGUCUACACUGGUUCUCAAAGAACAAUGAGCAACAUCCACUUAAAUGCAAAUAAUAAUUCAGGCCAUAGCAAUGUUUUGGGCCAUGCAGAUUAUAACCAGUGUCAAAUGUCAGCCCCCAACCAGCCUUUUCAGAACGCCAGGCAAAUGGCCAACAAUGCAAACUUACCUGUUCAGUGGAAUGAAGUAAGUUCAGGGACAGUGGACAUGCAGAGAAUGCAACCAAAUGUGCCACCUGGAAAUCAGUGUCACAACCAGUACCCUAACCCAACAGUAACAGGGCCAACCAAACAAGUUUCUUCUGCAAGCAGUAAUUCAUGUCAACAGGGCAUGUAUGCAAAUAGUCAAAGGUAUAACAAUUUGGGUCAGGUGCAGAUAAAACCUGAACAACAAUUCCACCAGUCUAUGCCCUCCAUGAUGUCUUGUCAAAACAUGAAAAAUCCCACAAUGCACCAGCAUACUUUCAGCCAGUCAAACACAAUGGCCAUGUCCCCUGGAGAGGUCAACUGUGAUUACCAGGGACAACAAGACAACCAGCAGAAUUCUUCCUUCCACAAUGGGCUCAACCCCAGCAUGUUGAGCCCCCAGGGUCGUCGGUCUCAGACACCCAUGAUGCAAGUGAAGGAGAUGAUGGUUAGAAACUAUGUGCAGUCUCAACAAGCACUGAUGUGGGAGCAGCACCCAAAAAACGUGCCUAUGAUGAGCAACACUGGAGAAGAUGUGGAUACCGGGCAGAGUAGUCACCGGAAUACUCCUCAUUCCCAAGCAUACAUGAGCCCAAAGUACAUGAAUUAUCAGAACAAGCCGGCACAGAGCAGCCUAAUGAGCCCAAGCUCCCAAGAUGGACAAUCAAGUCAUAGUAAAGUUAUGAGAAGCCCGGGCAGUCAUUGUUAUAACUUAGAUGUGGUACCCCAUCCACCCUGUGGCCCCAAACCUUUAAACAGGCAGCACAGUAUAACCAGCCAGUCAACCUACAUGGGAAGUCCACCUCAACUCAGCCCAUCUUACCAUUCAUCUGAAUCCAGCCCAAGGAGAUUGGUCUGUUUGCCUCCAGUCCAAUCUCAACAAGAAACCAUUGAUAACCCUGGCGUGAUGUAUUUCUCAGGGCAAGUCGAGAUGCAUCAUGGCAAAGCAGGAAUUCACAAACUUGCUCCUCAACUAAGUCAUAACCAGUCAAGUUGCGAUGGACAUCAGCAUAGUCAAUACAGUCCCAAUGUAGGUUUCCUAAAGACAGAUCCGUGUCAAACCUCCAAUGCUUUAGACAGUCUUGAUUUGGAAAAUACACAGAUUGACUUUGCUGCCAUCAUUGAUGAUGCCGAUACUUCCCUGAUGCCGAGUAACUUGAGUCACAGUGGUUUACCAAGCUCUUCUCAGGUUUCCUCUCAUUUGAGUACACCUCACAAUCCUGCAGGCUUGGUCCAAAACAUGGCUGUAGGAGAUUUGAAUUCUAUGUUGACGUCUUUGACUGAUGAAAAUAAGUUCCUCAAUACAAUCUCUUAAACAAUAGAGAAAUUAUUAGGGACAUGUAUGACAACUGCCCAGGUCAAACUGAUCUUACAUGGUGCAGAGCUUGUUCACAGUUGUCCGUUUAUAGUUAAAUAUGCUGACAUUCAAGUUUUACAGGACCAUUAAAAGCACAUGUUCACCGUUAAUAUAGAACAUUUAUUUCUAGAAUAAUUAUGUUUUCUUUUGUGUUAUCAUGUCAUUUUCUGUUUUGAUGAUAAUUACAUUUUCUAGAAUUACAGCCCUAAGAAAUAUUGACAGUUUGACUUCCGGUGGCCCUUUUGUUACAUAAUUUAGGAAAUAAAAAUCUUUAGUUUAUCCAGUCUUAAGAUUGCACAAGUUAAUGGUUAUUGAAAGGUUUAUAUAAAAAAGGGUAUUACCAUGUUAUACAAUAUCCUAAAGGUAUAACAGGAAUUUAAGAUUAACUUAGAGAGCACACUGCAAGAAAAGGCGAGCACUUUAAAUCCCUAAUCAACUCUAAAGCACCCUGGACAGAUCCUAAAUUUGGCACAUCCCCCCACUUUAAAAUACAAAGCACCCACAAAAAAUGUAAUGUUUACAAGAAUAUUUACUUACAAAUUUGUAAACUUUAUCCGAGGAUAACUUUAUGCAAGGAUUUUUUCUCCCUUUCUGUACCCCCAGGACUUGAUUACUUUUUUCCUGGUAAUCUAGUGGGGUAUUUUGAUGAGGGGGCAACAAAAUGACACUCUACAGAGUCCAGCUAGCUAGCAGUGCACUUGAAGGAUAAGCUGAGCGCCGGCUCCUGAUGUCAUUAGUGCUCAGCGUUUUACCCAGAGUGCUCAGCGCUCCAUAGCAUCAGCACAGACUUGCCACACAUAUGGAGCUCAGCGAUCCACAGUGGACACGCACAGACCUACGAGUCUGUGACGCAGUGGCAUGACUGGAGGUCCCUGUCC